AGAUAAAAGGAAAAGAAGACGAUCUCUCUCUCCUUCUCAAUCCUCUCUGUCGUUCUGGUUUUUGCGCAAUGCUUCUUCCAUUUCUCUCUUCCUCUCUCCUUCUCCGUCUCUCUUCUCCGAUCAUGUCCCCUGAUCCCUUCUCCUUCCUUUCUUCCCCUCAUUAAUUAUUUUAAAUUUCGACCAUUAAUCCUCCGAUCGAGAUCCAUUCAUCGACGGAGAAUCCAGAUCGAUCCCCGAUUGAUAAUAAUAGAAGAAAAUUUAAAACCCUAAGACCUAAAGAGAGAUAUGGAGAGUUCCUUAGGAUUCAUGGCGGUUUUCGCCGUCUCGGGAAGCGUGGUGUUCCUUGCGAGUCAAUUCCACAAGCGUCUCCUCUCCGAUUACAUGGAGAAGUUCGAAUUCGAAAUCCGAUCGAGAGAAAACGUGGUGAUGAAGAAGAAGGUGAGAUUCGCGGCGGAUGUGGUAGAGCCGUCGGGGAACAACAAAGAAUAUCGCCGGAGACGCUCUUCCAAGGCCAAAUUCGAUAAGCAAUCGAAGAUGGCGGCAACUCUUUGAAGUUUUUUUCUUUUUUUUUUUUGGUGUGUGUACAAAAGGAGUCAUAAUGUAAAUUAUUCAUUGGUUUGUGAUUUGAAAUGCAUAAUUAAUUUCGGGAUUUUUUUCUCUCAUUUGAAUCUGGGCGAAAAACCUUUAAGUCUUCCCAUGGUCAAUAGUUUUCCUCUUUUUAACCUUUCCUUCAUUUUUUGGGAGGGUCUUACUUUUACCUGUAAAUAUUUCGUUUUUGUAUAUACAAAAUGUGAUUGCUAAUUA